AUGAAGAUCAGCGCAUCCGCACUCUUGCUCGUAGCAGGCUAUGCGAGCGCCAACGGACUCAAGCACACAGCGCUCGAUGAAGCGCCCCUCCUUUCCUCUGUCCACUCAGAGACCAUCCCCAACGAGUACAUCGUCGUCCUCAAGGACCACGUCAAGGAUAAGGCCGUAGAAGACCACCAUGCCUGGGUCAAAGCCCUGCACGUGGGCUCUCUCUUGAAACGUGACCAAUCUUCCUUCAAGGCCCAAGGCAUCGAUGUCAUGGGCGGCCUCAAGCACAUUUAUGAUGAGCUGAUUGGAUUCAACGGCUACUCUGGCCGUUUCUCCGAAGACGUGCUGGAUGCACUGCGCAAGUCGCCUGAUGUGGAUUACAUCGAAAAGGACUCGAUUGUCUAUGCUCUUGAAGACCAGCCACUCGGCGUGCAAUCUACUGCACUCGAGAAGAAUGCACCCUGGGGACUCGCGCGAAUUUCGCACAAGGACCAGCUUGGCUUUAGUACCUUCAACAAGUAUCAGUAUGACGCACGCGCAGGCGAAGGUGUCACUGCUUACAUCAUUGACACGGGAAUCAACGUCAACCAUGUUGACUUUGAAGGUCGUGCGCGUUGGGGAAAGACUAUUCCGCAAGGCGACCAGGAUAUCGAUGGCAAUGGUCAUGGUACGCACUGUGCUGGUACCGUUGCUGGUAAGACAUACGGUGUUGCCAAACAUGCCAAGGUUGUCGCUGUCAAGGUUCUUCGAUCCAAUGGUAGUGGUAGCAUGUCGGAUGUCCUAAAGGGUGUUGAGUGGGCAGCCAUGGACCACCUCAAGUCUGUCAAGGAAGCCAAAAAGGCAGGAAAGAAGCACAAGGGUUCUACAGCCAACAUGUCACUCGGUGGUGGCAAAUCUGAAGCACUCGACCGUGCCGUGAAUGCCGCUGUGGGAGCUGGCCUGCAUUUCGCCGUUGCUGCUGGCAAUGACAAUGCUGAUGCAUGCAACUAUUCGCCUGCCGCUGCUUCACGUCCCAUCACGGUCGGAGCAUCCACUCUCGGUGAUGACCGUGCCUACUUCUCCAACUUUGGCAAGUGCACAGAUAUCUUUGCUCCUGGUCUCAACAUUCUCUCGACUUGGAUCGGUAGCAAGUACGCCACCAACACCAUUUCUGGUACAUCCAUGGCAUCUCCACACAUCUGUGGUCUACUCAGCUAUGCCCUCUCCCUGCAGCCUGAUGAGGAAUCUGGGUUCUCUACCUCAGUGACGCCUGAGAAACUCAAGAAGCGAAUGAUUGCAUUGGGUUCGCGUGGCAAGUUGAAUGAUAUUCCGUCAAGCACACCCAACAUCUUGGCAAACAAUGGCUUUGACAGCAAGGAAUCGAACCCUUGGAUCAUCAAGGAGGAUACACGUGAUGCAUCGAACGAAGAGACAGAUGUUCAGACUGGUCUGCGCAAGCUUGUCAAGUCAUUCAAGGAUGAACAGGACAAGGUCGCUGAGUUUGCUUCGAGCAUGGCAGAUGAGUUCUCCGAGGACUUGCAGGAGAUGAAGGCUGCAUUUGAGGAGUUGGCUUCGCAGGAGGCAGAUUCACUCAAGGCUACAAAGAAGCAGUUGGCACGUACCGCCAAGAAGCUGAGGAAGCAAGCCAACAAGGCCAUCAAGGCUGGCUUGUAA